UCUUUUUCAGUCGGUCUUCAUUGGGUAAGAUGGUGAGAGUUGUUCAUACUCAGCAAACUCAGAUUAACAUGGAUUACGUGAAUCAACCUGCUGCACCAACCAGAAACCUUUCUGACAAGCAAACCAAGGUGUAUCCAGGUGAAAAACUGAUCAGAGUGGUUGCUGUUAGUUUUGGACUGCUGUGUGUCCUACAAGCUGCUGUCAACAUUUCUCUGCGUCUUGUUCUGUACAAUCAGAUAUCAUCAGGUCCUCAGCCUGUGUGCCAAAAUGUGACAACAGAUAUAAAUGGCUUCAGAAAACAGAGCGCUCAGUAUUUUCAACAAGGAUGGGUGUAUUUACAUCCAAGUUUCUAUUACAUUUCUUCCACCAAACAAUCCUGGGAGAACAGUCGACUGGACUGUUUGCAAAGAGGUGCAGAUCUGGUGAUUAUUAACUCCAAAAAAGAGCAGAACUUUAUAAGACAGUUUAACAGGUUGACAUGGAUCGGACUGAGAAACAUAACAAAUCAGUGGACCUGGGUGGAUGGGACUCCUUUGAACAAAGAUUACUGGGGCCCUAGCGAACCCAACAGUUUUGAAGGCAAAACAGAAGAAUGUGUGGAGAUAAGGUUUUUUGACAUUGAAGACAGCUGGAAUGACAUACCCUGCACAGAUCUAAACUUUUGGAUUUGUGAGAAAAAAAUGGAUCUCUUAAUCAAACCAAAUCUCAGGGAAUUCACUUGAUCUGUUUAUGGAACAUAAAAUGUGCUGUAAAAAACUCUGUUGUCCUCAUCAUUUUUUAAACCACAAAUGUAUGACUGUGUAUGACUCAGCAACAAAAAGAUUACAAAAUAUGAGUCGAGACAAAAAAAGCCCUCUUCUUUGUUGAAAAAAAUAACGUGUUUUUCUAUAUAUUGGUGUACAUGAAAAGUAAAAUGAGCCAUAAUAUGAAGUUAGGGUCUUGUUAGAGAAAUAUAUACCAUUUUGUGUUAUUUCUUUGAUGCAAUUUGGUGAUGUAUAAUAAAUAUGCUGCAAACAAA